AUGUCAGGAAGAAAAAAAAUUACCAGGAGAAGAAAGAUUAGGUCAUGUCACUACUGUUAUUCACAUAAAUUAAAAUGUGACAAAAAGGAACCUUGUUCAAGUUGCUUGGCAAUUGGUGAUACGACUGAAUGUAUUUAUGGAUUCAGUAAAGAAAGUGAAGAUAGUAACAAUGAUAUUGAUAAUGAAUUAGGUGAACAGUCCCGAAAUAAUCAAGUUAGAAAAUGUCAGAAAUUGAAUAAAAAUAGUAAUACUGCAGUUUUGUUUAAAUCAAAAUACUUUUACCCAUUUUUUGCUAGUUCUAUCAAUGAUAAAAUAUUAUUGGCAGAAUCAUAUGGUCAAUUCUCUUUAACAAAUAAUUUCACAAGAAAUCCAAUUCAUAAUUUUAAUCGUUAUUCAAAUAAACAUAUUGAUAUUGAUGGAGUACUACAACUCUUACCAUCUUCUAAGCAAUUAACUAUAAAUGAAUUGUCUUUAUAUAUGAAAAACGUUCAUCCUAUUAUACCAAUUAUAGAUCAAAAUAUCGUAUUAGAUAUGAUUGAUGAUAUCUACAAUAGUGUCAAUAAUGAUAGAGAGGUAAGUGCACUUUAUUUAAUUCUAAUAAUGGCAAUAUUAUUUUGUAUAUCAUAUGCAAAUGUUGCCUCAGGGGCUACUAAAAAUUUAUAUCUGUGUGACAGUUACUAUUCUGCUUAUAAAUAUCUUUUAGAUGAAGCAGAAUUCCCAUUUAAGCAGUAUUCAGAGAGUUUACAAGCUUAUCUUCUUGUAAACUUUAUUAUUGAUCCAAACAUGGUCCAGGCACCUGGUUAUUCUUCAAUGUUAGUACGAAUUGGCCAACAACUUGGAUUACACACCAUGAAUUUGGAUGUUCCAAUGGACACUUAUCAUUUAAAGCUAUUAUGGAAUUUUAUCUUGUAUGUUGAAGGGUCGUCCUCUGUAGUAUGUGGUCUUCCAUUUUCAGCAUCUAAAUUAUUAUUAAAUGCGGUACCAUUAUAUGAUACUGAUGUCAGGAAAUCAGAUUACUCAUUUCCUGUAGAAUUUACAUUGGGCAGAAUCAAAAUAAAUAAAUUAUUCUAUGAUGUUAUGGAGUUAAGCCAAAGAAAGGAUAUUAUUAAACCUGAGUAUUUAAUAUUAGAAAAAAAUAUUGAUAGACUUUAUGAUGAAAUUAAUAAUUUAAAUGUUAGUAUUAAAGUACGUCAGCCAGAUUAUGCAGAUUAUUUUAUUAGUACGUUGAAUGUAUUCAUGUAUAGAUUACAUUUACGUCACUCUGCUCUUAUAUGCUUACAAGAUGAAAAGGAUAAAAUGGUAAAUAAAUUAAGUCGGGAAUUGACACCAGUGCAAUCAAGUGAAAUCUUAAAUAUAUUCGAUACAGCUGUUACAUUUCAAGAUGAUAUUAUUCCAAUUUCAAUAUUAUUAUUAUUGCAGACAUAUAAAAGAUUGAUACAAAAUAACGUAAAAUCGUUCUUAUGGUAUACUAAGGGUUCAACAGUAAUGCAAUAUUUAUUUAUAGUAAUGAAAGAUAUAUAUCAAAGUCCUGAUAAGAGUUUCCAUCUUGAAACCUUCCCAAUAUCAGCUAGAAAACUUAUUGGUGAUGAUAUUAAAGAAGUUAUUCGAGUCAAUCCAGUCUUAUUUAAAUAUGUCCUUGUUGAGAGUUUGAUAAAAUUGUUAGAGAGAAAGCUUGCGUCACUUUGGAAUAAUCAAGACUUAUACAAUUUUUUUGUAAUAAAAACUGUUAAAGAAACUUUAUGGACUGAACGUGAAUCAUUCUUGAAUGCUAAUAAGUCAGAAAUGUGUCGACUGAUGGGAGUGACUCUUUUCUCGGUAGGACAUUCACAUUUAUAUGAUUUAGCCUCUAUAGAUUUUACAGAAUUGCUGAAACAAUGGCAAAGUGGGAAUAAUGUGGUUCAAAUGGAAAAAGUUCUAACGAAUUGGCUAGGAGAUUUUGCAAACUUUUAG